AUGGCAAUAUACCAAUGUGAGGACGAGCUUGACAGGCUGCUGCUGCAGCUGAAAGCAUCCCUUCACAACUUUGAGCUGCUAGACGAGCAGCAGCAAAGUGACCGCUUCAGCGAGGCGCUGCUGCUCAUCGAAAGGGCGAAGGUUGCCGAAAUCAAUUACCAACAAGAAAUCGAUAUUCUCAAGGCGCAAACAAAACAAUCCCACCUAAUGAGGUUGCGUGAAAAACAACAGAAACUAAAGGAGCUGAAGGAUAAGCUCGCAGAACUCAGAACCGUUGUAGAGCAAAAUGAGCUCAAUCAAUUUGAGAAACUCAAGGAAUCCGGACAUCUGACUCACGCCCAAAAACUUAUCGCAUGGGGUGACGAUAUUCAGGACAAGACGCAGAGCUCGAUCAACAGAAUGAGGACACUUACCAUCACCUCAGAAAAGAUUGGUGCAGAAGUCACGCAGGAUCUUGAAAGGCAAACGGAGAGCCUCCAUCGCGUUGGGAGGACUAUAAACGCUGUUGAAGAAAAUGUUGUGAGCGCAAAUGCAACAUUGAAACAGAUCGCAAAGGGUAUCCUUCGUGAAAGAUUCAUGCAGAUUCUAAUUGUGCUAACGGUGCUCAUGAUUAUUGCAACCGUUCUGUUGCUAGUGUACAGCGGUAACGGCAAAAAGAGUGCUGAUGUUAGCCGUUAG